UGCAGAACUUUUUGGCAUCGGAAACCAUCUGCCGAUUGUGUCUCGACCAAGACUGCGUUUUGCAGCCUCUAUUCGGCACUGAAACGGAAAACAUCCCUGAAAUAGUGACCUCAUUGACGCAGCUUGCGAUUUCUCACAACGAUGGCCUACCGCAGCUAAUCUGUGCCCGGUGUGUUGCCUUCACUCGGGAAAUUAUUGCUUUCCGGCAGAAGUGUAUUGAAUCGUGUCUGAGUUUACGACGAUGGCUUCGCACUGGAUGUGCCAAAGACGUGGGAAGCGAAGAGCUGAAUUUAAUUGAAGAAUUCCGCGUUGAAUUUAUCGAAUGUGAUGAAAGCGUCGCGGGCGAUUGCGAAUGUGACACGGAAACGGUUCAAGCCGUUGUUCAAACAGAGCCUCCGGAGGAGGCAAGCGACCAUCGCAUCGAAGAGCUUUCAACGGAAGAAGGCAGUCGGGUCUUCACCGACAGUGGCCAGUGUCCGAUUUGUGGAGAACAUUUUUCCGGAGGAAAACGAAUGGUUAAUCAUCACCUGAAAUGCGAUCAUGCGCCGGACGAUGGGCUGCCGAAGAUUCGAAAGUGUUUCUUCUGCCCCAAAGCGUACUCGUCGUUCCAGCUGCUAAAGUAUCACCUAAACUUUCAUCCCCAAAGCCAGUGGGAGUGCCCGGAGUGUGCUAAGGUGUUCGCACUGAAGGACAAAUUUAUCGACCACUUGCGUAUGCAUGCGAACGAUCGGUAUUAUGGGUGUGAAGUUUGUGGGAAAACAUUUACGAUGAUGAAGUAUCUAUCCGUACACAGGCGGCAGCACAAGAUGCAACAGCAACGGACGGUCUCCGAAACGCCGCUACAAAACGAUGACGUGGACGCAGAAGCAACCGGGACGCAGCCGUUGAUCCCCAACUCGGAGGUAAGCACCGUGCCAAAGCGAGAGGUCAACCAUAACGAGAUACCAAAGAACCGACCCGCUUUUGUGGAGUGUGAGAUUUGUGGCAAACGAAUGAGAUCCAAUUCCCACCUUGUCAAUCAUCGCAAAACGCACCGAAAAGAAGCACCGGAAUCAGCGGUCCAGCAAGCUGAUGGCAGUCCGAUCGACGCACCAAAGAAGCUGUACCUCUGCAAUAUUUGUGGCCGAAGCUGCGGAUCGUCGAGCAACUUGACGUUACACCUGCGGCGUCACAGUGGACAAAGCGUCUGCCACUGUACGCACUGUGGAAAGGGUUUCCCGCGGCGGGCAGACAUGACUAUGCAUAUGCGCAAACACACGGGCGAAAAACCAUUCAUUUGCGCAACCUGUGGUCGAGGAUUUGCACGGCAGGACAAACUGGUCAUCCACAUCCGUACGCACACGGGCGAAAAACCUUACCAUUGUUCGUGUGGACGCGCCUACGCGCAGCGAAAUGAUCUCAAGUCACAUCAAAGACGUACCGUUUGUGGCCAAAACUUGCAGCUCUUGAACCUGGGGAACUCGAAUCAAACGAUCCGCAUUGCAACUCCUCCUUCCACACCUCCGCCGGUACCGCUGGCGGACGAAAUCUCGGAAGCGAUGCUGCUCAAGGACAGCAUGCCGCUGGCAACAACAAAAGUGGAAGGACCAGAAUCGGGAACCAACUGGACGCACUGUAUGAUUGAAACGAUCAAUGAACCGUUUACGAUGAGUGUCAAACCGGAACCAUAA